AUGUCUCCACUCCAACCAAGUGCUCCAAUUGCAAUUCCAACAAACAAUAAUAAUAAUGAGACUCGUGGUGAUGAACAACAAAAGGAUGAUUCAAUAGGUUCUAACAAUUUCAGCACACCCGAUGAAUUUAGUAGUUUUGGGUUGAUUAAUGAACAUAAUCGCUUUAUUACAACGGUUAACAAUGCUAGAGCUACACUUCCGAACUACUCGCCUUUCCGUUCAUCCCCUAAAAUUACUCGACCACUUUCUCUUGUUAGAGCUCAAUGUGCUAAUCAACCAGCGUUGGUGGAAGAGGUGGCGAAAGACGAAUUUAAUCGUAAAGUUGAAUUGGAAAAAGUUUCUGAUGUUGGGAUGAAGACAAAAUUGGAAAAUGUACAAAAACAAAUGAAGGAACUUGUUGAGGAUCUAAAUUCUCUCCGCGAAGCUGGAAAAGAAUUACAACAAACUAGCUUUAAUGAAGAAAAUAUUUCUUUGUUUUCAAAAGAAAUUCUUCAAUCUAUCCAAUCUUUGAUAAAACAAAGCUCUUUGAAAGCUGUAGAAGAAUUUAAGCUGAAAAUGGAAAAAGAAAAUGAAGAACGACUGAAAGAGAUGGAAACGAAAAUGAAUGAAAAAAUUGUUGAAAUUGAAGAAAAAUUUGAGGUUUUUUUUGAAUUUUAA